CAGUGCUUGUGGCGUCAGUGCGCCUGCUGUGUCCAUGGAGAGAGGCUGAGGGGUCUGAGGUCCGGCCCGAGGGACCCCGGCGCCGGGACGGCGAAGAUGUCGGCUUCCUUAGUCCGGGCCACCGUCCGGGCUGUGAGCAAGAGGAAACUGCAGCCCACCCGUGCCGCCCUCACGCUGACACCUUCUGCUGUAAACAAGAUAAAACAACUUCUUAAAGAUAAGCCUGAGCAUGUAGGUUUGAAAGUUGGGGUCCGAACCAGGGGCUGUAAUGGCCUUUCCUACACACUAGAAUACACAAAGACAAAAGGAGAUUCUGAUGAAGAAGUUGUUCAGGACGGAGUCAGAGUAUUCAUCGAAAAGAAAGCACAGCUGACACUUCUAGGAACAGAAAUGGACUAUGUUGAAGACAAAUUGUCCAGUGAGUUUGUCUUCAAUAACCCAAAUAUCAAAGGAACUUGUGGCUGUGGAGAAAGCUUUAAUAUUUGAAAUCUCAGGACUCUUCUGGCUGUGGAAUCCAGGGAAGCUUCCAGGAGCCUUGGAGCUUGCUGAAGAAAUCAUGUGACUGUCAGUGCUUAAGGCUUACAGUGUGUGGCCACCAGGUGGGGAAAUAAAGUGAUGCAUUUUGAAAAUGAAGCCAGUGUGUUAGAUUCCAGGAGAAAUGAUGCUUGUAUAUUCCAUGCGGGGGCAGAAAAUGAGAAGCCAUUAUCCUCUUUGGAUCCCUCACUAUUCUGUAAAGAAGACAAAGUCUGCCUUGCAAUUAACUCUUGCAUACUUGCUUAGAACGAGUUUCAUGAAAAUUGCCUUCCUGGGAGGAGUUGAAGUGGGUAAAUUGGUGUCUGCUGAUUAGCUCGCUGUUGGCUCGCCUGGCAUCUCCCUCAGCAUUUUCCAACCAGACUGAUGGCUUCUAAAAUUCGGAAGCUACAAGUCCUGCCUGCUGAUGGUAACUUGGUGGCAUGUUGUUUUUCUGCCCAAACUUGGCAUAGCCUCUUCCUCUUUCUUGAGAUAGGCUGGCCUUGCACUCCUGCCUCAGCCUCCUGCAUCACGGAUCAAUUACAGGUGUGCACCACUAUACCUGCUUUGCCAUGGGCUUUGUAUAUUUUUUUCAAAAUGUCAUUGUCAAAUGCCUCAUUUGCAUUCCUUUGCACUGAACUGCAGAGCAGUUCUGAGAGGUGGCAUCAAGAUGAGAAAGACUUCCUCGCUUUAUUUUUAACCUAUUUCUUUUGCUUCCUCAAAGAUAGAACCUCAGGCUGACUCAGAGACCUUCCUGUUAGCUGGAGGGUUUCUUAAAUCUGUGUAGCCCACCACCCACCUCAGCUCCAUGUGCAUAAGACACAACUCCAGGGAAACCUAAGGCUUGUGUCUACACCAUGCUCACCAGAGGAGAGUUGGCUCUGUGCCCAGGUCCCCCAUCCACACAGGCGACACCUAUGUCCAUCCAGCCAACAAAGCUAAAUGUGGUCUGGCUUCUUCACCUGGUCAGCAUUUGGAUAGUUUCUGUGUAAUUUAAUGAAGAUCAUACAGUUUUAUCUUGAGAGGGAAAAUCUUAUUUCAAAAACCUUUUAUAUGAAUUUCCUUCAUAUUUCUUCAGGCGCUUUGAAGCAGUGGUUGAUAUUAACAGAGAAAGUGUGGUAUCAGCUGAGAAUGCCUUCUUCAGAGUGUAUAAUAAUUGUGAAGCCAAAAAGGGGCUCUUUUAAUUCCCAGUAUGUGUAAACUUCUGGUUUCUAAGUCCAAUGUUGUGAACAACAUUUUAACCUAAUACUCUUUAUAACCAGCUUUUCUUUUAAAAGCCCCUUGGUGUCACUUACUUUAUGGGUUUUGCUGGGUUUGACAUAGUAAGUACUCUGAGAUGACAUACAUGCUUUUUUUGAAAGCUGAUUGUCAUGAGUUACCGUAGUGAGUUCGUUCCUCCUGUUUACUAAAGUACCUGCACAAAAUGCACCAAAACCUGGAGCAGUACUUUCAUGUAAAUGUUCAUGAGUUUGUUAUCGGUAAUAUAAUUGUUGAUCCACUCAUACUUUGUGCAAUAAUGUAUAUGAAGAUUGAGUUAUCAAUUAAAAACUUCGGCCUCUUUGUGGUCCUAAAAA